AUGCCAGACACCGUCCAACCCCCCCAGAUAAUCGGCUAUGCCCAGCCGUGGAUAGUGUCUCCAGGAGAGUCAGUCGAUAUCAAACUUUCGUCUACCGAUAGACGAUAUUCCCAUCGGCUGGUCCGUCUUAUCCAAGGCUACAGUGGGCCACAUGCCCCGCCGCUUGUUGAAGAGGAGAUCGAAGAAGUCCCUAGAGGAGAGCACGACAAUGGACACUACCAGUCAGCCAACCCAGGGUCUUACGCGCUCAUACCCUCGUGGGAGGAUGUUCCGCACAACCCCGACGCUGGCAUUCAAGUGGAACUAUAUUUCCAGCCGUAUCUGCUGCAGACAGAGCAAUAUUGUCAGAGUCUGAUUUCCUGCCUCGACGUGAGCUCUCACACGGGAUUUGCGGUGAUCCUGCGAAACUCGAGGCUGGCGAUUCUUUUAGGUACCGGUAGCAGAAUUGAGGUCCUGGAAAGCCAGUUUCCUGUCAAUCGCUGGCGGUGGAUUCACGUACACCUGGAGGUUUCUGGCCGCAGCGUCAGCUCAAAGAUCGAGCAGUUGAAUCGCCUGGUGGAGAAGUCACCGUCCCCAGAAGUCGUCACGGAGACCUUGGGAUCGCCGUUGGUUUUGGGCUCUAAUGCUUUACUCUUUGGCGCCGCCAUGUUUCGAUCGCCGGACGAGCUGAGCGCCAGACCCUCGUGCUUCUAUAACGGCCGCCUUGACUCCCCCUCAGUCGUCAGCUCUGGGACGGUGAUCGCACGAUACGACUUCUCCCUGAAAAUGACAAGCGAUGCCAUCGUCGAUACAUCUGGGAACAGGUGUCAUGGGUAUCUCAUCAAUUCACCGACCCGAGCAGUGAAAGGGCAUGACUGGGAUGGCUCUGAACCAGAUUGGACCAAAGCAAAGUACGGUUACGGGGCGAUUCACUUCCACGAAGACGACCUGGACGAUGCACAGUGGUCGACCAGCUUCUCUGUAACCAUACCUCGGAUGGCCCGGUCCGGUGCCUACGCGGUGGAGGUGAAGAGUCUUGAAGGCACGGGGGGGCGAGAUAUGGUGACCUUCUUCGUCCGCCCAAAUGCAGAGUCAAAGGCAACUGUGGCCCUUGUCAUGACCACGUUCACCUAUCUUGCAUAUGCAAACGAGCGUAUGUUUGAUCAGACUCGGUCGUCCGCAAUGACAACCCCAGACGGAGUCCCUGUUGCAAGAGGAAACGAAUAUGUCGACAGGCUAGACCAGCGGCCUGACCUGGGUCUCUCGGCCUACGAUGUCCACAGAGACGGUUCUCCCUGUGCAUAUUCCACUGCCCUUCGACCAAUCCUGAACGUGCGCCCAGGAUAUGUGCACUGGGCAUUGGACCGCCCUCGGGAAUUCAGUGCAGAUUUGCUUAUGGUCGGCUUCCUAGAGAAACUCGGGGUUUCCUACGACAUCGUCACAGACCACUGCCUCCAUACCCAAGGCCAAGAGGCCCUCUCCCGAUUUGAUACCGUGAUUACAGGCUGCCACCCAGAAUACCAGUCGCUGCAGACGCUGGAUGCCUUUGCAGGAUUUGCGAGGGCAGGUGGCAAUUUGAUGUACUUGGGUGGCAACGGGUUCUACUGGGUUGCGGAAAUCGACACAGCCCGUGCACAUCGUCUUGAAGUUAGAAAGGGAGAUCAAGGCUGUCGCUCUGUGACCUUUCCGGCUGGUGAACGGAUGCAUAGUAUAAGUGGUAUGCAGGGCGGGCUUUGGCGAAGUCGCGGACGGGCUGCUAACUAUUUGUUUGGCAUCGGCCCGUGUGCGUUUGGAACGGGGAAAGGGAAACCAUACAGGGCGAACACAGCGUAUGCCAGCAAUCCGCGGUUAUCGUGGAUUUUCGACGGUAUUAAUCUGAAAGACCCAAUUGGUGAACAUGGGUUCGGUGGUGGUGCCAGUGGCGAUGAAAUUGAUCGCUUGGAUUAUGAGCUUGGGUCACCGCCGCAUACAUUUGUCCUGGCUACCAGCGAACAGCAUGAUGAUAGCUUUGGCCUGUUUAACGAAGACUCGAUGUUUCCAAUGGUAAACACACUGGGGUCCAGCUGUGACCGGGUUAGAAGCGAUCUGACAUACUACGAGACAGCGGGGGGUGGUGCGGUGUUCUCCGUAGGCAGUAUCAAUUGGAUGAGCAGCCUGGGAUGGGAUGCGUAUGAGAAUAAUGUUGCGAGAAUGACAAGCAACGUAAUCCACGAGUUUUCAAGACGGGGAAGGGGCUGA